AUGUCUGCUACCACUGGAGCUUGUCUCUGCGGCCAGAUCAAAUAUGAGUUCACGGGUGACAUUGCACUGAAAGCAUACUGCAAUUGCAAAGACUGUCAGCGCUGGGGCGGCUCGACCGGUCUCCCCAAUGUUGUCGUUGACCGCAAGAGCUUCAAGGUCACGGACGGAACACCCAAAGCCUUUGACAUUACUGGUGACAGUGGCAAAAUCAACCGUCACUACUUCUGCCGAAAUUGUGGAUCGAGUCUGUAUUGCGAGCUGGAAGUCAUGCCCGAAAACACUGUUAUCAAGGCCGGCAGCCUCGAUCAUCCAGACGUCCAAGAGAUGCAGGCCGAGCUCUACGUCAAGGACCGUGUGAGCUACAUGAAGCCAAUCGAGGGUGCGAACCAGGUUCCUGCGUUCCUUUGA